UUUGUUGUGAUCUGUCGGAAUAAUGUGUUCUCAACGAUUGUUUUCAGAAUCCUAUGAAACGCUUUCGUGAUUUCUGUUGCUAAACAGGAACUGGGCUCUCGACCAUUCAGCUCCUAGGUCCUCGCAGCUCUUUUGUCCUUCCUUUCUUCUCUCUCUUUUUCGAAUAUACUGUAAACUCGUAGUCUGAGUACUAGUAGUAUUGUAGAAUCGUAUUGUUUAGGGGGACAACUAUGGGUGCAGGCUCAUCAUCUUAUCCUGGUGGUUCGUAUGGCUAUCAUGUCAUCAGUGUAACAGAGGGAUCUCCUGGCCACAAGGCUGGCCUUGAGCCUUUUUUCGACUACCUUGUUGCCAUUGAUGGCCAUCGCCUGGACAAAGUGGACGCAACACUGAAAGAUGUUUUGGAAAGCAAUGAAAAUAGAGCUGUGAACCUGACAGUGUACAAUAGUAAGAGGGAUAGCUGCCGCGAUGUUUCCUUCACUCCAACGAGGACUUGGGGAGGCCAAGGCUUGCUGGGUAUCAACAUUCGAUUCACGUCGUUUCAGGGUGCCAACGAGAAUGUAUGGCACAUUCUGGACGUUGUUCCUGGGUCACCAUCUGCCUGUGCUGGUCUUCAAAGUGAUGUGGACUACGUAAUUGGUUCAGAUCAGCACAUGACUGAUGGAGAUGAUAUCUGUUCGCUGGUGGAGAACCAUGACGGAAAGCCACUGAAGCUGUACGUGUACAGUACAGUUACUGAUGCAUGCCGGGAGGUUACUGUAACACCUAAUUCAAACUGGGGCGGUGAAGGCAUGCUGGGCUGCGACAUAGGCUAUGGAUAUCUGCAUCGCAUUCCACGCUCUGCCACAUCCAUAGCCAGUGCUGCUGCCAGUGAGGCGUUCACUGUAACCACUGGCACGUUACCCCAUCAGCAACCCGUCGCUGGACAGCCAGCCUCGCCAGGUGCCGAUGGCUUCUCAGAAGUACCACUGGGCAAUGCAGCACCUAUGCAGUAUGCCAUGCCGCCAGGACAGCAGUCGGUUCCAAUGCAACCACCAGUCGCCCAGCCGAUGUACCCAGCUACGACUACCGCAGCUGGCCAGUUGCCUGCAAUGGAAGUGCCUACGAGCAGUGCCGCUGUGUCUAUGCCAUCUGCUGGUCUGGCCAGUAUCGACACCGGUCUUGCCGGCCUUUCGCUAGCAGGUCCCUCGAUUACUAUGCCUGCUGUUUCGUCCACAGGUCUUCCUGGAACAGUCCCACAGAUGAUGCCAAGCACAUCUGCGCCUCUGAUGCCCGGAUUGGAGUCUGCGCCGCAGAUGUCUAACAUGUCACCGCUGCCAUCGAACGUCCCACCAAUGUCCAACCCAGUCAGCACUGGCGCGACGUCGCAGUUCGACUCCAGGCAGGCUGCUCCGUUUGCUGCCGUGUCGCCAUUGACUGGCGCGGGCAGCACCACCAUUCCAUCCUAUGCCACACCAGCCAACGUGACAGUAGUGCGUGGACAAGCCUCGGCUACAAUCUCGCCACUGCCGUCUACUUCACCGGUGGCUCAGACCGCAACUGUGCCGCCCAGCCAGCAGCCGAUCAGCAUGCCGGAGUUUUCCACUGCACCCAGCUUUGAGCUUCCGCCCAUGCCGUCAAUAGAUAUUCCUGGCCUUCAAUUGGCACCCAGCGUUCCGAGUGUUGAUGCUGCAUCUGAGCUCAAGGCCCCGUCUAGUUAGAGAGUGAAACUCACAGCUACUAAAUUCUGCUUGUAUUCGUUGUUGCCUAGGUAGAGUUACCUACACCACACAAUAUGGUGUUUUCCCGCCCGGUAUCUUUCUUGCCUGCUGGCAUGUUGCUGCUGCUGACAGGUUAUCAUUUCUCUUUGGUUUGUCUACAUGUAAUGAUGUUGUUUUGUGGCUCCUACUGGUAUUGCUGACCUUGUCCUGUAGUAACUGGGUUUUUUUAAAUGAAUUUCAUUAGUUCAGUUGAGGUAAAUGGCAUGUUAUGCACAUUUUUUUGUUUAUUUUCAAAUAUUAUUCCUCCGCACUGUUUCAAUGAUCUGCCUCGAAUGCUGCAGUGAAAUUUUAUGAUUCAUUUUACUCUUCAAACCUCUUGCUAGCGUUUAUGUGACGUGUGAGCAUAGCCAACAACCCCAGAGGGAGCAGCAGAACAGAACUGUUUGCUAACUACUGUGUGUAACUGUAGCCAGGAGCCUGCGCAAUGUAUUCUAGAAUCUAAAUUGUACGCGGUUACCAGAUCCAUACA